AUGAAAUUGUGUAUCCGUACAAGUCUUUGCGUGAAGCAGGAACUGGUAAUUGUUCAAAAUAAAGGUUUAUUUUGUCAACGAAAUUUCAAUGGGAUUUUAUUUAAAAAUCGUGUUACAUAUCACUGCUUCAUGUUCGAUUCAUUAACGAAAGACAUGAAAGCAGUUCUGCAUUUCAUUGUUCCUUCAAAACAUGGACUUUCGCAUUGUAUGGAUGCUGAACAGUAA